GUAAAUUGCAAAUUUUAUACAAGUGAAGAUUUCUGUAGAUUUUAAAAGUGACUUAUCGUUUGUUCAGUUGUUUUAAAUUUCAUCGUAACCGAAAAAAGUAUCCAAGCAUUAUGUAAAAGAUAAUUAUUGAAAUAAAUAAAAAAAAAAGAAAUAUUUCGAUUCUCAUGCGUUUAUUUCAAUUUUCUGUUUAAUGUUUUCAAAAAAUGAAGUAAAGAUGAUUUUAAAAUAGAACUUGUAGUGUAAUAUGUAUUGAAAGUCUGAAAAUAAUUAUUAAGCAAGUUGCAAAACUAACAGUGAUUGUAACAAUAAUAAAUUAACGUUACUUAAUAUCGAACGUUGUUAAUACAUAAGAUUAUUGGUGUAUUAUUUAUAUAGUUUCGAAAGGAAUUUCAGACUUUCCUAUAAUAUUCACUGUAUGUUAUGAAAGUUUCGAGGUUAGAAUGACAUUGACAAAUUUCAACAAGAAAGGAAUAUUAGUAUAAAUCUAUUUUUGUAUCACGCUUGAUGUGUAAAAGAAGAAUUUAGAGAAUAAAUAUUUAACGAAAUGGAAGAUAUUAAAUUAAAUGAAGAUCCAACGCAAAUAUCACAAUUAUUUUUAACGCGUGUUUAUUACGCUGCUAAGGAUGGUAUGGCUAUUAUCCUUUAUAAUCUCCUCAGUAGUAAGGAUCCUAAGCUGGUGAAUCUUGUUAUUAAUCAAAAAGUAUUAGAAGAGGAUGGCCAACAUUGUACACCAUUGAUAAUAGCUGCGAGAUAUGGUCGUGAUAAAGUAGUUAAAAUAUUACUUGAUAAGUUUAAGCCUGAUUUGGAACAGGAAGGGACAGUUAAAUUUGAUGGAUACGUUAUUGAAAAGGCAACCGCUUUAUGGUGUGCUGCUGGUGCAGGACAUUUGACAGUUGUGAAGAUAUUAGUAAAAGCUGGUGCCAAUGUCAAUCAUCCUACUAAAAGCUUGUCUACUCCCUUGAGAGCAGCUUGUUUUGAUGGACGGUUAGAUAUAGUGAAAUAUUUGAUAGAACAUAAUGCAGACAUAAAUAUUUUAAAUCAGUUUAAUAAUACAUGCCUAAUGAUUGCUGCGUAUAAAGGUCAUUUAGAUAUAGUGACCUUUCUUUUACAAAAAGGUGCGAAUCCAAAUGAGAAAGCAAAUUGUGAUACAACUGCAUUACAUUUAGCAGCUGAACGUGGGCAUACUAAUAUAGUGUCUGAGCUAUUGAAAUAUGGAACAAACAUGACAAAAAAUAUUAGUGGGAUGACACCAUUAAUAGCAGCAGCAGAAAGAACUAGAGCUGAAGUUGUAGAAUAUUUAAUAAAAUAUGUAGAAGUUAGUAGAGAAGAAGCAAUUGAAGCAUAUGAGCUUCUUGGGGCUUCUUACGCUAAUGAUGAACGCAAUUACUGUUUAACCAAAGCUUAUAAAUAUUUAUGGAAAGCAAUGAAGCACAGAUUCAGAGAUUCAGAUAAUAUUAUUUAUAAAAAAUUAGGUAAAAGUAUAAAAGCAUAUGACAAUUGGGAAGAAUGUGAUAAUCCAGAAAAACUGAAAAGUAUUAGGAAUGAUCAAAAUGCUAUUCAUAUGGAAUCAUUAGCUAUUCGGGAAAGGAUAUUAGGUCAACAUAAUCCAAAAGUGCCACACCAUAUUAUAUUCAGAGGAGCAGUUUUUGCAGAUAGUGCUAGAUUUGAUAGAUGUAUAGAUCUCUGGCUUCAUGCUUUAUAUUUGAAACAAUUAAACAAUAUAUCAGUUGUAAAAGAUCUUUUAAGGUUUGCACAGGUAUUUUCACAAAUGAUACAUGUAGGAGUAGCUCUUGAUUUCUCUCAAGUUUUGAGUAUUCUAGAAGCUUGUGUAACAGAACUUGGUCGUAAUAAAUCUAAACUUAAUAAUCCUGAUUCUGAGGAAGAUAUCGAACAAUAUAUUGAGGAAAUAGAAUCAAAUAUUACAACCACAUUAUAUAUAUUGACAAUUUUAACAAAACUUUUAACAUUGAAUGAAAGUAGAUAUGAAGAACAAGAUAAAAAUAAGGCAUAUCAAUUAGUUCAUAAACUAUGUGCUCUACAAUUACAUCUAAAAGAUGGUCAAACAUUACUGCAUCUUGCUGUAAAUGCUGCCACUCUAGUAGAUGAUUUCCAUACUAAUCAUGUUUGCAAAUUUCCUUGCGCUGCAACGGCUAAAUUACUUAUAUGUUGUGGUGCUGAUGUAAAUGCAAUGGACAAUGAAAGGAAUACACCAUUGCACGUUAUUGUUAGCUAUAGAGAACCUAUUAGUGAUUUUAUGACUCUUCAUUCCAUUAUCAUGGAUCUUAUAGAAGCAGGGGCGCAUAUGGAUACAGUUAAUAGUAAUGGGAAGACUCCGUACGAUGCGGUCACUACAGGUGUAGCAGAAAUAAUACUAAGGACUCAAACAAAAUUGUCAUUAAAAUGUAUGGCUGCAAAAGUCGUAAACGCUUACAAUUUAUCAUAUUGUGGAAAUGUACCACGUUCUUUGGAAAGUUUCAUUGAACUUCAUGGACCAGGUUUUCAUCAGAGUUAAAAAAAGUCAUUAUUAAACGCCAUGAUACAUAGAUAAUUGUAUUAAGUGUGUAAUCAAUUCAAAUUUAUUCUUCAUGCUGUGAACUUUUUGAGAGAGUGUACAAAAUAUUUAAGAUAUAAUAAUGAGAUUUUUUAUGAAUAUAAUACAGAAAUAACUUUUGUAUUGUGUAGAUAACGAAUUUUUAUA